GGCCGGGGUUACGGGCUGGCCAGCAGGCUGUGCCCCCGAGUCCGGUCAGCAGGAGGGGAAGAAGUGGCUAAAAUCUCUCCCGCAUCGGCAGCCCAGGCCUAGUGCCCUCACCAGCCACCAGCCAUGGCUCUCUUCUUGCUCACCUGCCUGCUGGCUGUCUUUUCAGCGGCCACGGCACAAAGCUCCUUAUUGGGUCCCAGCUCCAUAUUUGGUCCCGGGGAGGUGAAUGUUUUGGAAGGCGACUCGGUGUCCAUCACAUGCUACUACCCAACAACCUCCGUCAACCGGCACAGCCGGAAGUUCUGGUGCCGGGAAGAGGAGAGCGGCCGCUGCGUGACGCUUGCCUCGACCGGCUACACGUCCCAGGAAUACUCCGGGAGAGGCAAGCUCACCGACUUCCCUGAUAAAGGGGAGUUUGUGGUGACUGUUGACCAACUCACCCAGAACGACUCAGGGAGCUACAAGUGUGGCGUGGGAGUCAACGGCCGUGGCCUGGACUUCGGUGUCAACGUGCUGGUCAGCCAGAAGCCAGAGCCUGAUGACGUUGUUUACAAACAAUAUGAGAGUUAUACAGUAACCAUCACCUGCCCUUUCACAUAUGCGACUAGGCAACUAAAGAAGUCCUUUUACAAGGUGGAAGACGGGGAACUUGUACUCAUCAUUGAUUCCAGCAGUAAGGAGGCAAAGGACCCCAGGUAUAAGGGCAGAAUAACGUUGCAGAUCCAAAGUACCACAGCAAAAGAAUUCACAGUCACCAUCAAGCAUUUGCAGCUCAAUGAUGCUGGGCAGUAUGUCUGCCAGAGUGGAAGCGACCCCACUGCUGAAGAACAGAACGUUGACCUCCGACUGCUAACUCCUGGUCUGCUCUAUGGAAACCUGGGGGGCUCGGUGACCUUUGAAUGUGCCCUGGACUCUGAAGACGCAAACGCGGUAGCAUCCUUGCGCCAGGUUAGGGGUGGCAAUGUGGUCAUUGACAGCCAGGGGACAAUAGAUCCAGCCUUCGAGGGCAGGAUCCUGUUCACCAAGGCUGAGAACGGCCACUUCAGUGUAGUGAUCGCAGGCCUGAGGAAGGAAGACACAGGGAACUAUCUGUGCGGAGUCCAGUCCAAUGGUCAGUCUGGGGAUGGGCCCACCCAGCUUCGGCAACUCUUCGUCAAUGAAGAGAUCGACGUGUCCCGCAGCCCCCCUGUGUUGAAGGGCUUUCCAGGAGGCUCCGUGACCAUACGCUGCCCCUACAACCCGAAGAGAAGCGACAGCCACCUGCAGCUGUAUCUCUGGGAAGGGAGUCAAACCCGCCAUCUGCUGGUGGACAGCGGCGAGGGGCUGGUUCAGAAAGACUACACAGGCAGGCUGGCCCUGUUCGAAGAGCCUGGCAAUGGCACCUUCUCAGUCGUCCUCAACCAGCUCACUGCCGAGGAUGAAGGCUUCUACUGGUGUGUCAGCGAUGACGAUGAGUCCCUGACGACUUCGGUGAAGCUCCAGAUCGUUGACGGAGAACCAAGCCCCACGAUCGACAAGUUCACUGCUGUGCAGGGAGAGCCUGUUGAGAUCACCUGCCACUUCCCAUGCAAAUACUUCUCCUCCGAGAAGUACUGGUGCAAGUGGAAUGACCAUGGCUGCGAGGACCUGCCCACUAAGCUCAGCUCCAGCGGCGACCUUGUGAAAUGCAACAACAACCUGGUCCUCACCCUGACCUUGGACUCGGUCAGCGAAGAUGACGAGGGCUGGUACUGGUGUGGCGCGAAAGACGGGCACGAGUUUGAAGAGGUUGCGGCCGUCAGGGUGGAGCUGACAGAGCCAGCCAAGGUAGCUGUCGAGCCAGCCAAGGUACCUGUCGACCCAGCCAAGGCAGCCCCCGCGCCUGCUGAGGAGAAGGCCAAGGCGCGGUGCCCAGUGCCCAGGAGAAGGCAGUGGUACCCAUUGUCAAGGAAGCUGAGAACAAGUUGUCCAGAACCUCGGCUCCUUGCGGAGGAGGUAGCAGUGCAGAGUGCGGAAGACCCAGCCAGUGGGAGCAGAGCGUCUGUGGAUGCCAGCAGUGCUUCGGGACAAAGCGGGAGUGCCAAAGUACUGAUCUCCACCCUGGUGCCCUUGGGGCUGGUGCUGGCAGCGGGGGCCAUGGCCGUGGCCAUAGCCAGAGCCCGGCACAGGAGGAACGUGGACCGAGUUUCCAUCGGAAGCUACAGGACAGACAUUAGCAUGUCAGACUUGGAGAACUCCAGGGAGUUCGGAGCCAUUGACAACCCAAGCGCCUGCCCCGAUGCCCGGGAGACGGCCCUCGGAGGAAAGGAUGAGUUAGCGACGGCCACCGAGAGCACCGUGGAGAUUGAGGAGCCCAAGAAGGCAAAACGGUCAUCCAAGGAAGAAGCCGACCUGGCCUACUCAGCUUUCCUGCUCCAAUCCAACACCAUAGCUGCUGAGCACCAAGAUGGCCCCAAGGAGGCCUAGGCACAGCCGGCCACCGCCGCCGCCGCCACCGCCGCCGCCGCCGCCACCUGUGAAAAUCACCUUCCAGAAUCACGUUGAUCCUCGGGGUCCCCAGAGCCGGGGGCUCAACCGCCUGCACCCCCCAUGUCCCCACCACCUAAACUUCCCUACCUGUGCCCAGAGGUGUGCUGGUCCCCUCCUCCACGGCAUCCAGGCCUGGCUCAAUGUUCCCGUUGGGGUGGGGGUGUGAGGGGUUCCUACUUGCAGCCCGGUUCUCCCGAGAGAAGCUAAGGAUCCAGGUCCUGAGGGAGGGGCCUCUCGAAGGCAGACAGACCAGAGAGGGGGGAGGAGCCCUUGGAUGGGAGGCCAGAGGCGCUUUCCGGCCACCCCCUCCCUCCCUGCCCCCACCCUCCUUCCUUCAUUCAAAAGUCCCAGUGGCUGCUGCCUAGGGUCCAGGCGCUGGCCGCACGCCUCCUCGAAGCCGUUCUGCAAACAUCACUGGAGGAAGCCAGGGCUCCUCCCGGGCUGUGUAUCCUCACUCAGGCCUCCUGUCCUCCCCAGUAUCAGGAGAUGUCAAGCGUCUGAAGGCUGUGUGCCCUGGGCGUGUCUGCAAGUCACCCCAGACACAUGUUCUCGCCAUUUUACAGAUGAGAACACUGAGGUUGUACUCAAGGGCACCCUGCGAGAUGGAGCAACAGCAAACUAGAUGGGCUUCUGCUGUCCUCUUGGCCAGAGGUCUCUCCACAGGAGCCCCUGCCCCUGUAGGAAGCAGAGUUUUAGAACAUGGAAGAAGAAGAGGGGGAUGGAAAUGGACGCUGACCUCUCCCAGGCCCCCACGGGGGAAAAGGCCCCCUCCUUUUCUGUCACUCUCGGGGACCUGCGGAGUUGAGCAUUCGUGCCCCGUGUGUCUGAAGAGUUCCCAGUGGAAAGAAGAAAAGAGGGUGUUUGUCAGUGCCGGGGAGGGCCUGAUCCCCAGACAGCUGAAGUUUAAGGUCCUUGUCCCUGUGAGCUUUAACCAGCACCUCCGGGCUGACCCUUGCUAACAAAUCAGAAAUGUGAUUUAAUCAUUAAACAUUGUGAUUGCCACUGGG